AUUUCUUCCUAAUAUUUAAUCUUAACCUCUCCUCUUUUAGUUUAAAACCAUUCCCCCUUGUCCUAUCACCAUCUGCCUGUGUAAAAACUCCCUCUUUUCCAUAAGCCCUGGAUAAGUACUGGAGGGCUGCAAUGAGGUCUCCGCAGAACCUUCCCCAGGCUGAACAGCCCCAGCUCUCUCAUCCUGUCCCCUUCCUUCGCCAGAGUUGCUCCAGCUUUCUGGGCAUCUUCAUGGCCCCUCUGGACCCACUUCAACAGGUCCACAUCUUCCUUGUGCCGAGGAUCCUGGACCUGGACGUAGUACUGCAGGUGGGACAAGAACCUCCUGGCUCCUGCAAUAAGACGAUGCCAACCCAGUGCAGCAUUGCACGGGGCUCUUUCCUAAUCAGUAACCAGUGAGCACCUACUGCAGUGUGACACCAUUUCUGACAACAUUUGCACUGUUCACUGCUCUCCCUACGUAGUUUCAGUGCUUUUAUCCCACACACAGCUUGCCACACCUCCACUCAGCUGGAAGCAGGUCAGCAAGGUCACAGCAGUGUCCCCGAAACCAGGCAGCUUCUGCAUGCCACUGACAUCACGGAGGUGUCACCUGGCAGAGACGCUCCAGCCACUGUUCCACACUUGCCGAUGUAAAAACCAGGCUCAGUUUCCAGCUGGGCACUCUGCCAAGGGGUCAGAUGAGACACGGACACAAAGUGCUUCCCAACAGCCUUGCAGCCAGACACCUCCUCGGCAUGGCUGUGAGGGUAGCGCAGCUUUCAUAGGGCAGCUCGCAGCCCCCAAAGGGCUGAGGGGCCUUGAAUGUCUCAAACCAUGUCUCCUUUGGGUAGACCACAGCCCCUGAGCCUCAUGUUUCUUUUGGGGAUGGGGAUGGCAUCAGAGAGGAGCAACUGCCCAAGCAGGUGUAGCUGUCAGUACCUGGAAGUGAACUGCACCGGGCAGCAGUUGCAGGAGUUCCCUGCAGAUAUCCCUCUGGACACCAGGCAGCUGAUUCUGGCGGCAAACAAUGUCUCGUACCUGCCGGCAGUGGAAUUGAGCUUCCUGGCUGAUUUGGUGUACCUGGACUGCAGCAAGAACCUCUUGGGGGAUGACCUGGAUUUCACUUUCAUUGGUGUGGCCAAGCUUGUUUAUCUGGACCUCAGCUUCAACAACCUCACCCAGGUCACCUUCAGCACCUUCUCACACCUCCUCAGUCUGGUGGUGCUGAAAAUCUCGGACAAUCCCAACCUUGUGGCCAUCGAGAAGGAUGCUUUUGCCAACAACACCUGGCUGAGGCACCUGGAUGUGAGCCGGACAGGCUUAACAUUCCUGGACACCAGCACCGUCCGGGACCUGCCCAACCUGAGGUUUCUGGGGCUCAGUGACAACCUGUGGCACUGCAACUGUUCCUUUUUGGACUUCAUCACCUGGAUGACAGAGAGCAACAUUCAUUUUCCAGAUGCUGACAACAUCACCUGCUACACCCCAGAAGGCCUGCAAGCCCUGAGGAUGCAGGCAGUGGAGGCACAGCUUCACUUCACCUGCCUGACCCAGCUACACAAGACAGACUACGUCUUUCUGUGCCUCGUUGGCUUCUGCAUAUUCCUUGCUGGCACCAUUACAGCCUGGCUGGCCGGCAUCUGUGCUGUUAUCUACAAAAUCCAUGCUUCAAAGGGAGAGGAAGAGGAGGAGGAGGAGGAAGAAGAAACAGCCACUUAGGACCAGCCCUUCUGAACUCCCAUUGUGGGAACCAAAGGCAGGCCCUUCCUGCCUGAUUUCCCACAUGAUGUCCCACUCUAAAUGCCUUUUUUUUU